CAUUAUGGUGUGGUAUUGAGUCAAAGGAUGAACUUGAUUUAUACCAAGAUAAGUAGUUAAAUUGCAAUUAUGUGGUCCUUUUUUUCGAGAGACCCCACCAAAGAUUUUCCAUAUGAAAUCGGUGAACCAAUUUCUGGUUUAGACGGUAAAAGCAUCUGGACAUUACACAAAGCUAAGAAGAAGGGUUCUACAGGAGGUGAAGAUGUGUCAGUGUUUGUUUUUGAAUGUAAGAAUGGUAAUGAACAUCUUCUAGAUGUAGCUCGUUCAGCAGUAAAAAGACUAAAAACUCUUAGACAUCCAAGUAUACUUGCAUAUCUUUCUAGUCUUGAGACUGAUAAAAUAAUUUAUUUAGCAACUGAACGUGUAGAAUCCUUAUACAAUCGACUAACAAGGAAAUCUGAUAGUGAUGAAGAAUCUAAGAGAGAUUUGUAUUUUUCUUGGGGAAUAUUUCAAAUUACUAGAGCAUUGAAUUUUUUAAAUAAUGAUGGUAAUUUGAGACACAAUAAUGUUAAUUUAUGGACAGUAUUUGUUAAUGAAGAAAGUGGGGAAUGGAAGCUUGGUGGAGUUGAAUAUAUGACAGCAGUAGAUGUUGCUUAUAACACACUUCCAGGAACAUUCCAAGCAUAUUAUCCACCUGAUAUUAAAGAAAAUGUAAAGCCAGCUACCAAAUGCUCGGUUGACAUGUGGGGACUUGGAUGCCUGAUCUGGGAAACAUAUAAUGGUCCAUUAAGUUCGAGUUCACAGCUUAAAACUACUGAUAAAAUUCCAAAGCAAUUGCAAGUGAUAUAUCGAGAAUUAACCAGUGUCAAUGCAGAAAGAAGACCAAAUCCCGCCGAUGUAAUAGCGCGUUGCCGCAGUAAUGGAGGAUUUUUUAAAAAUCAACUUGUAGAUGCACUUUUAUUCUUAGAAGAAAUUCAAAUGAAAGAAAGAGGAGAUAAGGGUCGAUUUUUCUCACAACUUGCUAGUCAGUUAGAAUCAUUUCCAGACGGCGUUGGCAGAUACAAAAUUUUGCCUCAAUUAUUGGCUGCUUUUGAAUUUGGGGAUGCUGGAAGUGCAGUAUUGCCUCCUUUAUUACAACUAGGCUGUCAACUACCUGAUGGUGAAUAUCAGCGAAGAGUUGUACCAUGUGUUGUUAAACUGUUUGCAUCAAACGAUAGAGCAACAAGAUUACGAUUACUACAACAAUUAGAUCGAUUUGUCGAUCAUUUACAACCAGCAACAGUCAAUGAAGCUAUUUUUCCACAGGUAGCCAAAGGUUUUCUAGAUACAAAUGUUGCAGUUAGGGAACAAACAAUAAAAUCAGUUGUACAUUUAGCACCAAAAUUAGAUUAUAAUAAUCUUAAUGUGGAAACAUUAAGGUAUUUUGCUAAACUUCAGUCGAAAGAUGAACAUGGCGGCAUACGUACUAAUACUACAGUUUGUUUAGGAAAAAUUGCUCAACACCUUCAUCCUCAAAUUAGACAGAAAGUAUUAAUUGGAGCAUUUAUUCGAGGUACACGAGAUCCGUUUCCACCGGCUAGAGGAGCGAGCAUUUUAGCAUUAGCUGCAACACAGCAAUACUUUUUACUACAGGAAGUUGCGAAUCGUAUUUUACCAGCUUUGUGUCCACUAACUACAGAUGUAGAUAAGGGAGUAAGAGAUAAUGCAUUUCGAACUAUUCGUGGAUUUUUAUCAAAGCUUGAAAGAGUAUCGGAAGAUCCUGGAUUACGUGAAUCUAUGGAGGCAGAUGUAAAUACAGCUACACCUAGCCUUAGUAAUGCAGCAGCAACAUGGGCUGGGUGGGCUGUAACAGCCGUUACUGCUAAAUUUUAUCGAAGUCAAUCAGAUACACCUAAAUCAUCAAAUUCUCAUAAUGCAUCUAAAAUUUUAUUCAAUAAACCCGCAUCUUUGGAACAAGCUAGCAGUUCACAAAGCAGUGCUAGUACAACUGCUACGACAAGUAGUGCUACGAGCAUGACAUCAUUGGACCACGAUCAUGAACACGAUCCACAGAAUGUUACAAACGCAAAUUCAGAUUGCGAUUGGGACUGGGAUGCUGAUAAUUGGGGUGAUAUGGAACAACAACCUUCUACCACGUCAGGCCAUGGAGCAAGUAAUGUUUCACCUUCUCCUCAUUCUCCCAAAUCUAAUGAUCAGUGGAAAAAUCUUGGAGAAGAAGUAUUGCUUGAAAUUUUAAACGAAAAUGUUGAAAGUACUACUACAGUUAGUGGAGUAACUGGAACUAAUAAAAUGCCAGAAACUGGAAGAAAACGCGAAGCAAAACGAAGACAAUUAGAAGCAGUAAAAUUACGGCACAAUGUUGCUGCUAAGAAACUUUAAUUUAAAUGCCAUAAUUUAAUAAUUGCAUUCAUG